UUUUUUUUUCUGGACAUACUGAAGCUGGAGUCUACCAGACUGAGGUUAGGAGCAUUUUCUUUGGCAACAAGAAGAGACUUUUAUAGAAGCCAUGCCUGUCCUCGGAGUUGCCUCAAAACUGAGACAGCCAGCUGUUGGGUCAAAGCCUGUUCACACUGCUCUUCCGAUACCGACUCUUGGCAUCAGUGUGCCACAGCACUGUGCUUCAAGACCUUUGGAACUUGCUACACCGGAAUGCUCAAUGCUUUCUUGUCAGCUCACAUUAAAAUCAACCUGUGAGUUUGGGGAGAGGAAAGCCCUGCAGGCAACAGCCAAGGAGAGCGAAGACAGCAAGAUUUACACUGACUGGGCCAACCACUACCUGGCAAAAUCUGGCCACAAACGGCUGAUCAAGGAUUUGCAGCAGGACAUUGCUGACGGCGUCCUCCUGGCAGACAUCAUUGAGAUCAUUGCAAAUGAGAAAGUGGAAGAUAUCAAUCGAUGUCCUAGAAGUCAGGCUCAGAUGAUUGAAAAUGUUGAUGUCUGCCUUAGUUUUCUAGCAGCCCGGGGAGUAAAUGUUCAAGGUCUAUCUGCUGAAGAGAUAAGAAAUGGAAACUUAAAAGCCAUUCUAGGGCUGUUUUUCAGUUUGUCUCGCUACAAGCAGCAACAGCACCAUCAGCAGCAGUAUUACCAGUCCUUGGUGGAACUUCAACAGCGAGUGACUCAUACCACCCCACGGUCGGAAGCCAGUCAGGCCAAAACCCAGCAAGAUAUGCAGUCCAGUCUGACAGCCAGAUAUGCAGCUCAGUGUAAUCACAGUGGAAUUGCAACCAGUCAGAAAAAGCCUACUAGGCUUCCAGGGCCCUCUAGGGUGCCAGCUGCGAGCAGCGGCAACAAGGCUCAGGGAGCCUCCAAUCUAAACAGGAGAAGUCAGAGCUUUAACAGCAUUGACAAAAACAAGCCUCCAAAUUAUGCAAAUGGCAAUGAGAAAGAUUCCUCCAAAGGACCUCAACCAUCUUCAGGUAUAAAUGGAAACACACAGCCUCCCAACACUGCUGGGCAACCCCCAGCCUCUGCCAUCCCUUCCCCAAGUGCCAGCAAGCCCUGGCGGAGCAAGUCCAUGAAUGUCAAGCACAGUGCCACCUCUACCAUGCUGACGGUGAAGCAGCCAAGCCCAGCCACCUCUCCCACUCCAUCUUCAGACAGACUGAAGCCCCCUGUCACAGAAGGGGUCAAAAGUGCUCCCUCGGGCCAGAAAUCUAUGCUUGAAAAAUUCAAGCUGGUUAAUGCUCGGACUGCGUUGCGCCCUCCGCAGACUCCCAGUUCAGGAUCUAGUGACCUUGGGAAGGAAGAUGAUGCCUUUUCUGAAUCCGGAGAGAUGGAAGGCUUUAACAGUGGUCUGAAUAACGGUGGCUCAACAAACAGCAGCCCUAAAGUGUCACCUAAAUUAGCCCCUCCAAAAGCAGGAAGCAAAAAUUUCAGCAAUAAAAAGUCUUUGCUGCAGCCAAAAGAAAAGGAGGAAAAGAACAGGGACAAGAAUAAAGCCUGCGCUGAAAAGACAGGAAAGGAAGAAAAGGACCCGGUGGUGGAGACGACCCCGAAAAAGACCUCUAAAAUCGCAAGCUUGAUCCCAAAGGGCAGCAAGACCGCAGCAGCCAAGAAAGAAAGCUUAAUUCCAUCGUCCAGUGGGAUUCCAAAGCCAGGCUCAAAGGUGCCCACGGCAAAGCAGACUAUUUCACCUAGCAGUGGAGCAGGCAAAGAGUCUGAGAAAUUCAGGACUACGAAGGGAAGCCCUUCUCAGGCCUUCCCAAAGGCCAUGGCCACGGAGAAAGCAAGCUCACCCAGCCUCUCGGCUUCUCAGGAGGGUAGGGAGGCUGGCCACGCAUCUCCCUCUAGCUCCUGUGUUAUGCAGGUGGCACACAGCAGUGGACAGAGCCCAGGCAAUGGACCGGUCCAGCUCCCUCAGCAGCAGCAACAUAGUCACCCCAACACUGCUACGGUGGCUCCUUUCAUUUACAGGGCACAUGCAGAAAACGAAGGCACCUCUUUAGCACCUGCUGACUCGUGCACCAGCCCCACAAAGAUGGACCCUUCGUAUAGCAAGACGGCUAAGCAGUGCCUAGAGGAGAUAUCUGGUGAAGAUCCUGAGACUAGGAGAAUGCGCACAGUGAAGAACAUAGCUGACCUGAGGCAGAACUUGGAAGAGACGAUGUCCAGUCUUCGUGGGACCCAGAUAAGCCACAGCACCCUGGAGACAACGUUUGAUACUACUGUGACAACUGAAGUAAAUGGAAGGACCAUCCCCAACCUGACAAGCCGACCUGCGCCAAUGACCUGGAGACUGGGUCAGGCAUGUCCUCGUCUACAGGCUGGAGAUGCCCCCUCAAUGGGCGCUGGAUACCCUCGAAGCGGUACCAGCCGGUUCAUCCACACAGACCCCUCCAGGUUCAUGUAUACGACGCCUCUGCGCAGAGCCGCUGUCUCGCGUUUGGGUAACAUGUCACAAAUGGAUAUGAGCGAGAAAGCAAGCAGUGACCUGGAUGUGUCUUCUGAAGUGGAUGUCGGUGGAUACAUGAGCGAUGGAGAUAUCCUUGGCAAGAGUCUGAGAGCUGAUGACAUCAACAGUGGGUACAUGACAGAUGGUGGGCUCAGCCUAUAUGCUAGAGGCUUGAACAGAGUUCCAGACACAGCAUCUUCCCGGGAUGUCAUACAGAGAGGAGUCCAUGACGUGACAGUGGAUGCGGACAGCUGGGACGACAGUAGUUCAGUGAGCAGCGGCCUCAGCGAUACACUUGACAACAUCAGCACCGAUGACCUGAACACCACGUCCUCCAUCAGCUCCUACUCCAACAUCACAGUCCCCUCCAGGAAGCACACCCAGCUGAAAACAGAUGCGGAGAAACGUUCAGCAACAGAUGAGACCUGGGAUAGUCCGGAGGAGCUGAAGAAGACUGAAGAAGAUUUUGACAGCCACAGUGAUGGAGGCGCCAAGUGGAAGGGCGCUACUUCUGGACUUGCCGAAGACUCAGAGAAGACGGGGCAAAAAGCGGGCCUCUCUGUGUCUCAGACAGGUUCCUGGAGGAGAGGCAUGUCUGCCCAGGGAGGAACACCAGCGAGACAGAAACCCGGCACAAGUGCACUCAAGACCCCUGGGAAGACCGAUGAUGCCAAAGCUUCAGAGAAAGGGAAAACUCCCCUUAAAGGAUCAUCCUUGCAAAGGUCUCCUUCAGAUGCAGGUAAAAGCAGUGGAGAUGAAGGGAAAAAAACACCCUCGGGCAUCGGGAGAUCAACCGCCAGCAGCUCUUUUGGAUAUAAGAAGCCAAGUGCUGUAGGCUCCUCAUCUACCAUGAUUACCAGCAGUGGUGCCACCAUAACGAGCGGUUCAGCUACACUGGGGAAAAUCCCCAAAUCCACUGCCAUUGGUGGGAAGUCCAACGCAGGAAGGAAGACCAGUCUGGAUGGAUCCCAGAAUCAAGAUGAUGUGGUCCUGCACGUGAGCUCCAAGACCACCCUGCAGUACCGCAGCUUGCCCCGCCCUUCUAAGUCCAGCACCAGCGGUAUCCCCGGGCGAGGCGGCCACAGAUCCAGUACCAGCAGCAUUGAUUCCAACGUCAGCAGCAAGUCAGCUGGGGCCACCACUUCCAAACUGAGAGAACCCUCUAAGAUUGGCUCAGGGCGCUCGAGUCCUGUCACUGUCAACCAAACAGACAAAGAGAAGGAGAAAGUAGCGGUCUCUGAUUCAGAGAGCGUUUCUUUGUCAGGUUCCCCCAAAUCCAGCCCCACCUCUGCCAGUGCCUGUGGCACACAAGGGCUCAGACAGCCAGGGUCUAAAUAUCCAGAUAUUGCCUCGCCUACAUUUCGAAGGUUGUUUGGUGCCAAGGCAGGUGGCAAAUCUGCCUCUGCACCUAAUACUGAGGGUGUGAAAUCCUCCUCAGUAGUGCCCAGCCCUAGUACCUCUUUAGCCCGUCAAGGCAGUCUGGAGUCACCGUCGUCUGGUACGGGCAGCAUGGGCAGUGCUGGUGGGCUGAGUGGCAGCAGCAGCCCUCUCUUCAAUAAACCCUCAGACUUAACUACAGAUGUUAUAAGCUUAAGUCACUCCUUGGCUUCCAGCCCGGCAUCGGUUCAUUCUUUCACAUCGGGUGGGCUUGUGUGGGCUGCCAAUAUGAGCAGUUCCUCUGCCGGCAGCAAGGACACCCCGAGUUACCAGUCCAUGACCAGUCUCCAUACGAGCUCUGAGUCAAUUGACCUGCCCCUCAGCCAUCAUGGCUCCCUGUCUGGACUGACCACAGGGACUCACGAGGUGCAGAGCCUGCUCAUGAGAACGGGUAGUGUGAGAUCUACUCUCUCAGAAAGCAUGCAGCUUGACAGAAAUACACUACCCAAAAAGGGACUAAGAUACACCCCGUCGUCUCGGCAGGCCAACCAAGAAGAAGGCAAAGAGUGGCUACGCUCCCAUUCCACGGGAGGGCUGCAAGACACUGGAAACCAGUCGCCCCUGGUCUCCCCUUCUGCCAUGUCAUCUUCAGCCACAGGAAAAUACCACUUCUCCAACUUGGUGAGUCCCACCAACCUGUCUCAGUUUAACCUUCCUGGGCCCAGUAUGAUGCGCUCCAACAGCAUUCCUGCCCAAGACUCCUCCUUCGACCUGUAUGACGAUGCCCAGCUUUGUGGUAGUGCCACUUCCCUGGAGGAAAGGCCGCGUGCUAUCAGCCAUUCGGGAUCCUUCAGAGACAGCAUGGAGGAAGUUCACGGUUCUUCGCUGUCGCUGGUCUCUAGCACAUCUUCGCUCUACUCCACGGCUGAAGAAAAGGCACAUUCAGAGCAAAUCCAUAAGCUACGGAGAGAACUGGUUGCAUCCCAGGAGAAAGUUGCCACCCUCACGUCUCAGCUGUCUGCUAAUGCUCACCUUGUAGCAGCUUUUGAAAAGAGCUUAGGGAAUAUGACUGGCCGGCUGCAAAGUCUAACGAUGACAGCGGAACAAAAGGAAUCUGAACUUAUAGAACUACGGGAAACCAUUGAAAUGUUGAAGGCCCAGAACUCUGCUGCACAGGCAGCCAUUCAGGGUGCACUGAAUGGCCCGGACCACCCUCCCAAAGAUCUCCGCCUCAGAAGACAGCAUUCUUCUGAAAGUGUUUCUAGUAUCAAUAGCGCCACGAGCCACUCCAGCAUUGGCAGUGGUAACGAUGCCGACUCCAAGAAAAAGAAAAAGAAAAACUGGCUGAGAAGUUCUUUCAAACAAGCCUUUGGAAAGAAAAAGUCCACCAAGCCACCUUCCUCACAUUCGGACAUUGAAGAGCUAACAGACUCGUCCCUGCCAGCCUCCCCCAAGCUACCCCACAAUGCCAGCGAGUGUGGCUCCACAUCCAUGAAGCCCUCUCAGUCAGCUUCAGCUGUCUGUGUAACUGUGCGAACGUGCAGGUCACCCCUUGUCUGGCCACCCAAGAAACGAAACAAUGGCCCUGUGAUCUACAAGCAUAGAUCCCGCAUCUGUGAGUGCACAGAAGCUGAGGCGGAGAUCAUCCUGCAGCUGAAGAGUGAGCUCAGAGAAAAGGAAUUAAAAUUAACAGAUAUAAGGCUGGAGGCUCUCAGCUCAGCUCAUCAUCUCGAUCAGAUCCGGGAAGCCAUGAACCGGAUGCAGAACGAAAUUGAAAUAUUGAAGGCUGAAAAUGACCGUUUGAAGGCCGAGACCGGUAACACAGCUAAGCCUGCUAGGCCUCCAUCUGAGUCCUCAAGCACAGCCUCUUCCUCUUCCUCUCGCCAGUCCUUAGGGCUUUCGCUCAACAACCUGAACAUCACAGAGUCUGUUACCUCAGAUAUUUUGCUAGAUGACACUGGUGAUGCAACUGGACAUAAGGAUGGCCGCAGUGUGAAAAUUAUAGUCUCUGUAAGCAAGGGCUAUGGUCGAGCCAAGGACCAGAAGUCUCAGGCAUAUUUGAUAGGAUCCAUUGGUGUUAGUGGAAAAACCAAAUGGGAUGUCUUAGAUGGUGUUAUUAGGCGUCUCUUUAAGGAAUAUGUGUUCCGAAUUGAUACAUCCUCUAGUCUUGGUCUGAGCUCUGACUGUAUUGCUAGCUACUGUAUAGGAGAUUUAAUUCGAUCCCAUAACCUAGAAGUGCCUGAGCUGCUGCCUUGUGGAUACUUGGUUGGCGAUAAUGAUGUCAUCACUGUGAACCUGAAAGGGGUAGAAGAAAAUAGUUUGGACAGCUUUGUUUUUGAUACACUGAUUCCUAAGCCAAUUACCCAAAGGUACUUUAACUUGCUGAUGGAGCACCACAGAAUUAUACUCUCAGGACCGAGUGGUACUGGAAAGACCUAUUUAGCAAACAAACUUGCUGAAUAUGUCAUAACAAAGUCUGGGAGGAAAAAAACAGAGGAUGCAAUUGCUACUUUUAAUGUGGACCACAAGUCAAGUAAGGUGAGUCACAGAAUACUAAGAAAACAACUUCAGCAAUUAAGGUUUAAAAUUAUGUGCAACUUCCAUUUGACACAUGGGGGAAAAAAGUCAAUGUAUGGGAAACGUGCACCGUGGGAAGAUCCCUCCAAGUGGGUCCUUGACACAUACCCAUGGAGUUCUGCAUCCCUGCCCCGGGAGGGCCCAGCAUUACUACAGUUGCGACCAGAAGAUGUUGGGUACGAGGGCUGCACAUCUACGAAGGAAGCCACAACGUCAAAGCACAUCCCCCAGACUGACACAGAAGGGGACCCCUUGAUGAAUAUGCUAAUGAAACUCCAAGAAGCAGCCAAUUACUCGGGCACACAAAGCUGCGACAGCGAUAGCAUCAGCCACCACGAAGACAUUUUGGACUCAUCUAUUGAAUCCACCCUCUGAAGGGUGACAAAGUCAGGCAAAGGACUAUGCUUUCUAAAGGGGUGUUUUUAAAAGACAGGUAUUAUCACUAAACCACUGCCAGUAUGAAAGACCCCUGUCCAGGGCCCUGACCCAGCGUUGUGGUUUCCAAGGAGGCAGCAGAAUUAAGGUGGAACCGCCAAGGCGCUAAACUGAAAUGGGAGCUUAAGUUGAUUGUAUUCCUAGGCGGUUUUCCUAACUAUAAAGUUAGCAAGGGCUCCAUUACCCGACUGGAAAGGACCCUAAACACAGGGCAACUGAGUAGAUUUUUGCAAACGGGCAUAGUGAGACUGGACGUUAUUUUCUUCCUCUUUCAAAGUUUACAAUGCAAACCUAUUUUUUCU